AUAUUUCCUGUUGUUCCUGAGAAAAAGCUCAGUAGCAAUGCGAAGAGCUUGAGUUCUUUUUCUUCUUACAUUCCUGUUCCUUGUUUUACAUUCUUCUACACUUUUUUCUCUCAAACCCAUUUCCUCUAGAUUCCAUUUGAAACCUCUGAAGUGCACUAUGGUAAAAAUGCCUGCUCUGCUUGCAGCUCUCUGGCUGCAUCUGUAUCUCUGCAGCUUUUCAGGACCAGUGGAAGGAGAGGUUCUGGUGAUGCCCGUGGAUGGCAGCCACUGGCUCAGUAUGAAGAUCCUGGUGGAAGAGUUGUCUCUGAGAGGACACGAAAUGGUGGUUCUGGUUCCAGAGACCAGUGUGUUGAUCAAGGGUUCUGAUCAGUACACGGCUCAGAGCUUUAAGGUUCCGUACACCAAUGAAGAGCUGCAUGGGAGCAUGAAAGACCUGCAGAGGAGAAUUACGAAAGCACCGGAGUUCUCGGACUUGUUGGAGAACAUCGGCAGUCUGCUCAGCUUUUUGAACAUGCAGGUGAAAGGAUGCGAGGCUCUGCUGUAUAACGAGGCUCUGAUGCAGAACCUGCGUGAGAAACAGUUCGACCUCAUGCUCACCGAUCCCUUCUUACCAUGUGGCCCCAUCAUCGCUGAGGCUUUCUCGCUUCCUGUCGUUUACUUCUUGCGUGGACUUCCCUGCAGACUGGACCUUCAAGCCUCUCAGUGCCCGUCGCCUCCAUCCUAUGUCCCGCGUUAUUUCGCAGACAACACCGACGUCAUGACGUUCCAUCAGAGAGUCAAGAACGUGAUAAUGACGGGAAUUGAUUCGAUCCUCUGCAAAAUCAUCUUCAGAAGCUUUGACGAACUCACCAGCAGAUAUCUCCAGAAGGAUAUUUCAUUCAGAGAUGUUCUCGGACAUGCUGCCAUUUGGCUUAACCGCUACGAUUUUACCUUUGAGUACCCGAGACCUGUGAUGCCCAAUAUGGUGAGAAUUGGAGGCAUCAACUGUGCCAAGAGGAAUCCUCUGCCUGCGGACCUGGAGGAGUUUGUGGAAGGUUCUGGAGAUCACGGCUUCAUCGUGUUCACUCUGGGAUCCUUUGUGUCUGAGCUUCCGGAGUACAAAGCACUAGAGUUUAUCAAGGUUUUCAGGCAGAUUCCUCAGAGGGUCCUGUGGCGAUACACCGGUGUCCUUCCCAAAGACAUUCCUGAAAAUGUCAAAGUGUCCAAGUGGCUUCCGCAAAACGACCUGCUAGCUCACCCCAAGGCCAAAGUGUUCAUCACACACGGAGGAACCCACGGGAUCUACGAGGGAAUCUGUAAUGCCGUUCCCAUGGUGAUGAUCCCUCUGUUCGGAGAUCAGCGAGACAACGUUCUCCGCAUGGUGGUGCGCGGAGUCGCUGAGAGUCUCACCAUGUAUGAUCUGACCUCGGAGCACCUGCUGGGGGCGCUCAAGAAAAUCCUCAACGACAAGAGCUACAAGCAGAAGAUCACGGAGCUGUCUGCAAUCCAUAAAGACCGUCCGAUCGAACCUCUGGACUUGGCCGUGUUCUGGACCGAGUUUGUGAUGAGACACGGAGGAGCCGAGCACCUGAGACCGGCCGCUCAUCAUCUCAACUGGGUUCAGUACCACAGUCUGGAUGUCUUUGGCUUCCUCCUGCUUGUAAUGGUCACUGUUGUGUUUAUUACCGUCAAAUCCUGCACGUUCUGUUGCAGGAGGUGCUUCAAGAACUCCGAAGACCAAAAAGGAGUGAAGGAUCUAGAAGUGAAUGAAUUCACUGAUAACACAGUUAUCAUCACCAUGUCCAUUGUAAUAUUUCCAACAUUUGUGCUUUCACCCAUGGAAACAUUCAUUUACGGUUUCUCUCUGCCUUGUAUUUCAGCCGAUUCCCAGAAAUGGAAAGGACACAGAAUGUGAAAUAUGCGUUCAUUUUUUCCAGGUUAACGUUAACCUGUGCAUUAAUGAGCCAUCAUCAAACUGAUUAUCACAAUUAAAUCGUACUUCUUUUCUUGAAGAUCCACCCUACAGCUCAUUAUACACACCACCUGACUCUAUCACAUGCUACCAACCAACAGGAUCUGAUAAUCAGACUUGUUUCUUAUAAUAAUGAUUAAAAUAUAGAUGUUCAAUUUCUUUAGCUAAUGUCUGCAAUGCAAACGUUUCUUUUCAGCAAAUAAGCAACCUUGAAUAUGCUACAAGUAAAAAAAUAUAUAAUAAUUUACAUUUAAAAAAGUGUUAGAUAAAUUGCUAAUGGGUUGACAGAGGCAGAUGUAGAGGACAGAGGGAGUAUGGAGACAGAUGAUCCGUUGUGGCGCCCCCUAAUGGGAGAAGCCGAAAGAAGAAAAAAAGGAGGCGUUAUGAUAAAUUACUAACAUCUCUCCACUUCAUACAUUCGUCAACUUUCUAAUUUUCGCUUUGUUCGAAUAGGUCGACAUAUUGGAUUGGAGGAUUAUCACACAAUGAAUUCAUGAUGCUGUUCUACCUCUUUAAUGUCGCUACCUCCAGCUGGGCAUCACAUGCUACACUAGAUUCAGGCAAAUGAACCGGGACAAAAAAGAAAAGUAGAUGUAUGUGACCAUGGGUGCAUGUCGUUUCAAAGUGUUGGCUAUUUUAGUUGUCUAUGGUCAUGUCCACUCAUAUGUUUUUGUUUGAAUAUGCAUAUUUUUCUCUCGUUUUGGCCUUCCAUCCACACUGAGAUGGCAUUUUCAGUCAACAAAAAUGGAGCUUUUUAAAAAUUCUUUCCAAAGCAGAUCAAUUUAAAAACGAAAUUUUUCCAUUGCAGGACUGUGAAAAUGGAGGCUUUCGGAAACAAUGACACAUUUUUACUUAUUGCUGUGAUGUUUUAAAGAACCAGAAAGUAAAAAAAAGGCUUGAUUGAAAAUGAAA